AUGAGUGGUAACCACAACUGUGUAGAGCCGACUAUUGGACACUUGAAUUGCACACUAGGUCAGUUUCGAUUUGUUUUUCGAUUUUGCCCUAGCCUCUUCACGCGUGGGUUCGUAGAUUUAAGCACGGUUUUAUGAACAUUUAUAAACAGUAAUCUCAAGGGCUGGACAGUAUACUCAGCAAUUCAAAAACUUUAAAAUGCUAUCACAGGCGACCUGAAUCAGCACGGGCUGUAUACUGGAAUAUUCCCAUUUUUUCUCAUGAAUUGAUGUAAAUUCAUAUAUGUUAUCUUUAUCGUCUUCUUUUCUUUCUAGAGGAAGUGGAGGAAGUGUUUUUUCCACAGGCGGUAAUCGCCUUCUCGCUUUGUCCAUUGACAGUUAUUUUAAACGCAGCAGUUAUACUGCUAAUCUGGAAAGAUCCAUACAAGGAACUCAGGGGAACAGCCGCCAACUUCUUCAUUUUAAACCUUGCCGUAUGUGAUUUACUCAUCGGCUUUCCAGGCGAACUUCUGUUCGGACUUCGUCACUGGUUUCCUGACAAUCACAUGCUGAGAGCCGGAAAUACUAUCAACCAAGUAGCGUUUCUUGCUUCAAUUUUAACGAUCCUUGGCCUUGCUGUCGAACGGCUGCUUGUUAUCGCUUUUCCCUUCACAAGAGUCAAACUAGCCACUUGUAACAGAUACCUUUGCUUUAUCGCAAUAUGGUCAUUCGCUCUAAUCUUGCCCCUGCCUAUUAGCAUCAAACAAAGGGACUUUCUGUUUUUAAAAGUAUAUCUAACUUUGCUUUAUGACUUUAUUGGCAUCCCGAUAAUACUCGUAGUUUUUAUUUGCUACACGGGGAUUUAUAUUGUGGUAAAAAGACAGUUGUACCGGAGUGUGGCGACUUCAGAGGAGGGGUUAUUAGAAGGACAAUCUUUGACUGAAAAGUCUCCUCUAAUACUAAAAAUUAAAACGAAGGAGAGAAAUGUUGCGUUUACGGCAUUCAUAUUGGUUUUGUUAUUUAUGGUUUGUUGGACUCCUUUAAUCGUCGUUGUAAACAUACAUGCAUUGAGUAGUACUUCUCUUUGCAAAUUGAAUUUAUAUUGCCGCAAUGAGAGUUUUGGGGUAUUUCUGCACCCACUGCUAAACCCGAUUGCUUACUCGUUACGUACCGCUAGGUUUCGAAAAGCCUUUAAGAGAGUUAUCAAAAAAAGUUGUUUUUGA